AAAAAAAAAAAAAAGAGGUGGGGGGGAAUUUAGACUCUACCUAAGUUUGGUACAUUCAAACACAUCCACCUUUCUAAAAGAAGAGCUCUCAAAGAGCACACACCACACACCUGAGCUGCUGGAAGCGGGUAUUUUUACAGCAGCAGUUCCUAAAUGUUUGGAUCCAGGGGUCAAGCCUUUAAACUCUCUCGCAGAUACCACAAUGGACAAAGGAGUGAACAAACACAUGCAUAUCACCAUAUAUUAUCACUUCAAAGGUGACAUGUGGAUCACAGUCUGGGAACUGCUGCUUUACAGGAAGGGAGGCCAAAACCUUUACGGUGGGCAGCAGUGAUGGCCAGGGUUUCAGGCUUCCUUGCUGUCACGUGGAGAGGACAGCACUUUGAACAAAAGCAACGCCUUUCAGGAGAACGUGGCACAGUGCUCUCCUGUGAAACUCAAACAGUGAGGAGGCAACUUCCAAGCUUAUUCCCACUCAUUCCCUUUAUCCCCCACUAAAACGGUCUUCAAAUGCAAUAUUAAAGGGGAAGACACUGCACAUGGUGGAUGCCACGCUCCACACCCAGGUAGCAUCCCGGUAUCACCCGCUUUCCUUUGCAGCAAUCAGGAAACACCAGGAUCGCAAGCAAAUUUAAAUGCAGAGAAAUCCACCGACAGCUAUGAGGCGAUGAGAUUUCUAACUGCUUGGUGCACUGGGCACACACUUGCAAAGUGCUGGCGAGGUCCUGCUCCACAGCACAGUUACACUGUGGCCCAGCAGGUUGAGAAGAUUCUUCUGGUAGACGUCUGUCACUGCUACGGUGACCUUGUUACCAGCUGCUGAGACUUUUUGAAGAGGGAAAGAAAAAACCACCAAAGCAGGACAGGUUUAAGUGCUCUUGGGCCAAAGGUCCUGCUCUCCAAAUCGCAGCCCCCUAGAGCUCCUGCAGGUAUGUGCCAAGGACACAUUACAUCUCCACUACAGCAGCAAUCCUCAAAGCCAGCGGGGGGAAAAAAAAAUUGUUAAUUACUUCCAUGACCUUAAAUCAACCCCAUCAGCUCAAACUGUCAAUAAGCAGUUGGCUUCUUGCUAAGUACAGACCAGAACUAGCGCUGGAGAGAAUGAGAUGUUCCUGGGAAGCCCCAGACACACAAUGCAGCCGGCUGCAUCCGUAACACCCUCCAAGGAAACAAUUUCCGCCACAGGCAGCGCAGGGUCCUUGUGCCAGAGGACGCUGCAGAGCCGGAGCUUCCGCUGGCUGGUUUGAACCUCAUGGCACAGCACCAGGUCCGAAUGAACCGUACGCUCUGGCAAGCAACGCCCCCAGUAUUUCCAGUUCCCCAAACUGGGCUACAAUAAUGAUGGCUUCUGGAAUCUUAAUUACAUGCUGGAGGAAGGACAAUCCCACUCUUCAGCGGUAGUAACGGGAUUUCGUAAUGAAGUAAAAAUUCUGUUAACCGGAAAGCACGCUCUGUCACGCAGGUUGCAAGGUGAGGGGGUUUCCAGCUAAGCGCUGCCAAUCCCAUCUGCAAACAGCCUGGCUCCACAGCUGCAAAUUAGUUCCUCUCUACCCUCAGCUCUCUGAAACGGUUAACUUCUGGCUGUGAGACCAUCCUAUCUCUCUGCCCGCUCAACAAUAGAUCCAGCUAAACAAAUGCCUCCUAAUUGACUUUGAGCAACACUUGAUUGCUUUUACAAAAAACAAAAGAGAGGAAAACAUUGGGGUUUAUGAAAUAAUGACUAAUCCUGGAGCAAGAGAAAGGGGAUGGGUUGGAGCACUGGUGUCAAACAGAGAUUCAAUCUCGGCUGAAAGAGCCCCAAGACACAUGGGCCAAGUCAUUCAUCCCUCCCCAACUGCCCUCAUUUCCACACCUGCUGAUCUAAGCCAAACCCCUGCUAAAAUCCAAACAAUCAGGGCCGCUGGCAAACGAAAAUUGGAGCAUUGUCUUCCCCAUGAGGGCUCUGAAAGGGCCGCGCUUAAUGAGGAUGGAUUGACAGAGAGGUGGCUCUUAGGCUAUAAAAGGCAUCCUGCAGUCGGGAGCAGCUCAGUCCAGGGUGCGCUGCCCAUUCGUCCACUCCCAGCUUGCUCCGAGCAUGGUCACAGCCCACCGCAGGCAAGCCUCGAGAUCGGGUGGCCCAUGGCUACUGGGUCUCCUGGCACGUCUGCUGCUCUGGGGCUCUCCAGGAGCCUGGGCAAGCUACCUGAGGAGAUCCUCCAGCUGCACGCCCAUUCCACUCCGCAUGGCCUUGUGCUAUGACAUCGGCUACUCCGAGAUGAGGAUUCCUAACCUGCUGGAGCACGAGACCAUGACAGAAGUGAUCCAGCAGUCUUCCAGCUGGCUGCCCUUGCUGGCCAGGGAGUGCCACCCAGACGCAAGGAUUUUCCUCUGCUCCCUCUUUGCACCAAUCUGCUUGGACAGGCUCAUCUACCCCUGCCGCAGCCUCUGCGAAGCCGUCAAGAGAAGCUGCGCACCCGUCAUGGCUUGUUACGGCUACCCCUGGCCCGAAAUCCUCAACUGCAACAAGUUCCCUGCGGAUCAUGAACUGUGCAUCGCAGCAGUCUCCAUGGAUGAAAAUUCAUCGAGCAGGAGAACAGUACCCCGAGCCAGCUGCAAGGAUUGUGAGCUUGAGGAGGCCAGCACUGCCAGGGAGAUCCUUGAAAACCUCUGCGCCAAUGAUUUUGCAGUGAAAAUCCGAAUCCUGAGGAAGAACACAACCACCACCAUCUCGGACUUCGACCUGGACCCCUCCAGAGUGGAGGUCCUGAAGCACGGCCCGCUCCUCAGAACCGAAAUCCCCGCCAGGCUCCAGCAGUGGCUGGACAUAGAUGCUACGUGUGUCCACAACAUCAUGAGAGGCACUCACGCAGGGGUCUUUGUUGUAAGCGGUGAAGUACAGAGUGACAAAGUGGUGGUGAACAAGGCCUAUGCCUGGCAGAAGAAGAACAGGAACCUGCACCAGGCGGUGCGGAGGUGGAAACAUCACCGCUGCCCUGAACAGGCUGGCCGGAAGGUCUGAAAAAUCUCAAUUCCAACAAUAAGAAACUGCUCCCUUCCCUAUGGCUAGAAAACUCCUUUCCCUGGCAGUCGGUGUUUUGGAGAUGUACAAACAAUAUUUUUAGGUGAUUCAAAGCAGUCAUAGUCCACAGAUAGGACCUCAUUACAGACCCCUGUUCUACUGAGACAGAGCUUAAGGAUGCAGAUUUAACAUAUUCCUCUUGCAAGGCUCUGCAGAUCCAGGACUUGCAAUGGACAGCUUCGUGUCACAUCCAACGUCACAACAAAACUGAACUGAACUCCGCAGGCGUCCGCAGGCGAGCACAAUCUGGAAGAGACCUGUCAUAACAGUUCCUUCUAGUUCUCUUCAUCACAGCUGAUAGCCAUUUCAGCUUCAUUAUUUGUCCCUGAGACAUUGAUGCUGCCCAAGUGCCUGCUUGCUUUCUGUCCAGAGGGAUUACAUGAAAGCCUCCCUGACUGCUAACUGAUGCUUUUUUAUGUAAUGGAGCAAAUACUUUACUUUUAAACAGUCCAAGGUAAAUUAAGGGGGAGAGGAACCCACGCAAGCAAUGCCCGGCCCCUUAAAAAAAAGGAGUGCUAAACUCUGCUCUUGAGCAGUCACUCAGGCUGUCCCUUCAGCUUGCUGCGCUAAGACUUGAUGAGCAUCCUCACACACAAAAGGAAACGGCUGUUCUGCAGCAGGAAAGGCACAAAGACAGCUGAGGGCUUCUGCAUAACAGGGAAAACCAUUUUUUAACAUCAGAAAUUCAAUUUGGAUCAGAAGAUUCUGAUAACUGGGGAACUACCAAAGACAGCACAAAAGCCUUGAGAAAGAGCAGAGCAGGAGUGGGACGUCAGCCGGUUAAACCUCUGCUUUGGUGUGCAACAGCAGCUUUGCUUGGGACUCAGAGGUGAGCCCCGACCACAGCAGAGCAGGAGAUACUUGCCAUUCUGAUACGGGGGGGAGGAAGAAACAUGAUGCAUCUGUCUGGCCUUCCCCCUGCACGCAAGGAAGAGAGAAAAGGUGGCAAAACUCAGUCUCACCAAAUUCUCUGCAGCUCACUCUCUCACCCAAGGAAGCAGGGACUGUAAUUCCCUCUGGGGUAAACACAGCUAUAGUUCUACCCUCCAGACGACAGAGCAGAAACCAGCAAAUCCCCAAAUGAGAAAACAAGUCUGAUUUAUACUACCUAACAAAGCACUGUCAGUGGAUAGUUUUCUAUGGUGGAUUCAACUUGGGAUUCAAAUAAGGGAGAAAACAGCUUUUGGAUGAAACGCACUCAGCCUUGUUCAUGACGCCUGCAGUCUUGGUUGUGGAGACAGCCACCCGGUUUGAUGGAGACACAUUGCCUCCCUGUGCUCGUAAAGCACACCAACAACCCAUGAUGAGAUCUCUUCAGAUUCAGCGUGGGCUCAGACAACCACUCAGACGCUUACACUGAAAUUCAGCUGCGCCCUGACAUUUGUGCAGUGAUUACUUCUAUUCCCUGAGGCUCAGAAGAAAAACACAGUGAGAUUUCCUAUUUUUAUUCCUCCCCGCCGCCUUGUCUUGCAAACUGCCGCCCAAUCCACAGAAUCCGCUGCCAGGUGGUCCCUGCAAUGGCAGUAUCUUCUGAACAGACUGCGUUUGGAAAACACAACAGAACACAUAAAAGCUCUGAAGGUUGAAAAGGCUUUGUCUGAUACUUGUUUUCCAUUAAUAGGAUUAUUUGAUUACUAGUGUUUCCUAACUAAAAAGUGCACAGAUGGUCUGACUUACAAGCUUUAGAAAUGAUGUCUCGUAGCCAGAGGGGGGAAAAAAAUAGGGCAGGGACUUUUUCAGAGCUCCACGGAAUACACUUGGGUCCAAUGCGGAUGACUUACCCACAUUUAAAAAACAAACCGCAAGUUCCCCUAUGGUGCCCAGUGCCAUGCUCCAAAGCACUGAGCUCACAUUAAAUCAUUAACGAGCCGUCUGCUGCUGGAGUCCCACUACAGCCUGUUCUGCUGAAAGCAAAGAUCAGAGACCAACCACUUAUUUCCUUAAAUUGGCUCUCACAUACCGCAACACUUUGUCUUCAGUAAAAUCCCCAGAAAUUCAAGAGUCCUUCUUUGCUAGCAACUUCUGGGUUUGUAACACAACCCAGUUCAAUACACACUUCCACUAAUUUAAACACCAGAGAUGCAAUAAAUCAGGUUUUUAAAACCAGUUUAGAUUGUUACUGUUUGCACAGAUAGAGAAGUCUCUGGAAGUCUUUUAAAGUCAGAGCGGGCUCCUGGCAGGUUCAUCCGGGAGAUAAGAGCUGUCUUGCAACUUGCAGUUUCUAAAUUAAGGGACUCCCUAUCAGAGGACAAAGGAGAAGAGACUCGGGUGGCAUCUCAAAUGAUGAAUGUCCGGCGCUGCCCAUGAUACCGUCCUCAGGGAGCAAAGCUUCCCUCAGAAACCAUGGAGGUACCAGAGUGAUAAGCUGAAAGUUGUGGGAUUAGUGCUGCUGGGACAAACCUGCCUUUUCUCAACUUCGGCACCCUCCUUGCAGGCCUGUCACUUAAGCAGCACCAGCAGGGCAGAGAAAGUGGAAACAGGAGUUUUUCCCAAGUGAAAAGCAGAGCAAUUGCCCCAGACCGUGGUUCUGGUAAUGAUGCCAGCUUUGCGAAUGCUGUGGGAUAUCAGUUCCAGGUUAGUGUGUCUGUUUACUGAAUGUCAGACAGAAAUCCACUUAGAAAUUUGCAAACCAUGAGUACCACCUAUGUAGAAAUGAAAGAAGAACUUUGUAUAUUUCUUCCAGAUACUUUUUUGCAUUAAAGGAGUUUAAUAAGAAACCUAUCUGAUUUAUGGGCAGACUUUCAGUAUGUAUAGUCUACUUGGAAUCAGAAAAAAACCCCUCUUAUAUUAUUGAGAAAGCAUCUAAGGAAGGCUCUCAAUGCUAGCUUUUCAGAGACAACAGGUCUUCUGACCUUGCAGUAGUAGGAAUUUUGUAAUUAUCUGUUCCAAAAAAUUAAUUUUUGUAUUCUCAGUGGAUUUCCAUAACACAGAGUUCAAUUAAUGAGACUUUACCAGCCUGAGCAAAAACCACAGAACGGUAAAGAAGGUUUUAAAAUAUCUGAAAGACGGAUGUCAUGGGGUUGUGUAGCAGAGCAGCCAGAAAUAAAGAUAAAUCUAGAACAGGACGCAGAAUGGUGGAAGACACUAAGUCUAUCAGUUCUGUUACUUAUUUCCUCAGCACUGAAACAUCGACGCUAAAUUGCUUUAUCAUCAUUUAUUACCAAAAGUUUGGGCAUCUCUUGUCCCUUCCUAAUACUGAGCAGCUUCUCCGAGGUCCUCUUCAGUGAUCUUCUGUCUAUUCAUGGUAUUUUAAAGAGAAUCUGAAAAACCUGGAAAGGUUAAUCUUCCAAAUCCUUCUAAACAGGCCACCCAGAACAUGUAACCUCUGUGGAUACUGUAUCGAAACACCUUAAACAAAAUCACCCGCUUUUUCAAGGGAGGCCCAAGGUAAAGCGGCACAGGGAGGAAAAGUCAGCACGGGAAAAGUCAUUCUCCCCCGAUGGGGCGUGAGAGCGGCGGGUGUGAGACAGACACCCCGAUACCCGCUGUCAGACGGUGCCCCCCCGCCGUUAGGGCAGCGCGAGCGGCGGAAACCUCCGGGCACCCACGGGCCAGCCGUGGGGGAGGCCCCGACAGGAGGCCGGGGAG